UCAAUACAAUUCCACAUCAAUUUCUUAAAAGAACUACUAUCUUUAAUCAAUAUCCUCUUGUACCACCUGGAAAACAACCACCACCUCAACUCAAUGUCCAACUUUCACCUGUUCCUGAAUAA